GCUUUGGUGCAUAUUAUUGUGCUAAAUCGUCAUGGCCCAGUAUUUCCUAAGCCCAGCUACACAUUUGCCGUGAGCGAACUCAGUCCGAUUGGCAGUGUUGUUGGCAAAGUUCACGCACUCGAGGAGCCGAGUGAUCCGCACAGUCAUUCCGGUGGAUUCGGCAUCUGUCGCUAUCACAUAGAAAUGAGUAACCUCAAGGACGAGCGUGUGGGUCGUCAUUCGACAGGCUCGCAGAUUCCAUUUUCAAUAGAUCGAUACGGUACUCAUGCCUUUAUCAAAUUGUACGACCUAGAUUACUGA